AUGGGAGCUGAUGAGGCAGUCUUGAAGUAUCUUGUUACUCAGAACAGACCAUACAGUGCUAAUGAUAUAUUUAUGAAUUUGCAUAAAGAGUAUGGAAAAACAGCUGUUCAAAAAUCACUUGAUAUACUUGUUGAGAAGGGGAGUAUUAAAGAGAAAGUAUAUGGUAAACAGAAAGUGUACUCUGUCCAGCAAAAAAUGGGAAUUAGUAGUGAUGAAGUGAGUAAGGUUUUAGAAGAUCUUGAUAAAAGAAUAGGUCAGGCUUCAGAAAAACUGUCUCUGGUGGAGCAAGAAUUACAUACUUCUGAAGCUCUUUUACGAAAUCUAGUUUCAUCUCCUACUACAGAAAAUGCAAUAAAAGACUUAGAUGUUUUACAAAACAAAGUGGAUAAAUUAAAAGAAAAACUUAAAAAUCUCUCCCAGACUUCAGUGCCUAUAUCUAAGAAAGAUUUUGAAGAAACAAAAAAGGAACACGAGCGAAUGACAAAGGAGUGGCGUAAAAGAAAAUCCACAUGUAUGAGCAUUGUGAAUUCAAUAUUAGAAAGUUAUCCUAAAACAAAAAAGGAAUUGUUAGAUGAUAUUGGAAUAGAAACUGAUGAAGAUGUGGGGAUUUCACAAUUAUUGUAA